ACUUGGACCGAUGAGCAAGUGGAGUAACGGAGAUCCCCAGAUAGUCAAUUAUGGCUUGUGCUUGUUCAGAUUUAAAUUCUUCCUCUGUUCUCCGGGGUGCUACUCUCAAGCAACUGAGGAACAUUCACGCGCGUCAACUUGCCACGCUUGCUUGCAAUUGCAACAACCACCUACAUGAGCGUCCAUCAUUAAAUCGGUUUGUGAAGCUGCAUCGGAUACUUACACGGAUGUGACUGAACUCAUCCGAAGUUGUGCGAGAGGAGUGUUACAUCGUCUUGGAAGUCUGGAAAUAAUGGCAACAAGUGGAUCGUCAAGGUUCUCAAGUCAAAAAAAGCCUCCUGCAGGUGCUAGAGGCGACACCCGUGUAGAAAAGUGCGAAGUGUUCUACACAUCUCUGUCUGACAAAUUGGAUGCGCUAGAGCAGAAGGUGGAACCACAAUGGUUGACGCUGGAGUGGGUGUCGCUUGGGAUCGAAUUCAUGCGGUCCACGUUUUCAGAAAUAAUGGUCCUGUUCGAGGACGUGCGAGCUCUAAUGCCCGACGUCAAAGUGGCUGAGGAGAUGUGGAUCGAGGAGUACAUGAUAGAGAGCAUGAAGCUACUUGAUGUCUGCAAUGUCCUCAAACCUGCGGUAUCAAGGUUUGAGCAUUUCAUGAUGUGCGUACAGCUCGUCGAACAAGCUCUGGAAAGAUCCCGGGCAGGAAACCAAGAUUGCGCAUCGAACAGUACCCUGAUGGCUGCACUGCAAACCUAUGAAUCUAAGCUAAGCGAAAUGAUCCACCCACUUAGCACUGUGGAAUUAUCACAAACGCUGGGGUUGCAGUUUAACCCAAAAGGCACCACGGGCAGUCCCCAGCGGUAUGCAAGCAUUGCCAUCGGCGAAAAAUUCACAAUUGAUAGCAGUAACGUCGUUGCUCAACCAUGGCCAUGUCCUUCUAGGCCUAACCAUGACAACAGUGGAAUCUACAAAACCUCGAGGAGCACCGCAAGGCUAGCCCAAGUCGCGCGCGCAACGGGAAAGACAACCGACUUCGUCUCCAGCGUCCUCAUUUGGGCCCUUCAGAGAGACCCGUCCGCCUAUCCAUCUUCCACCACCUGGCAGCAAAACCUCGAGACGUUCCGCGGAGACGAUACCCUCUGGUCUCCUUCGUUCCGCAGGUUGCAAGAGCGGCUAAAGAGGGAACUCUUCGAGGUCUUGAGUGACGAUCGUUGUGUGAGGCGCCAAUUCGCGUUCGAAGAGGUCAAACUUGUGCAGGACUGCACGAUGGGCAUAGUCGCGGAAAUCAAGGAACCGACAUCACGAAAACAGACCGGGGAGGAAUCAUCGAUAGAAUCCCUGGACAAGCUGGAGAAGCAGCUAGUGGCGCUGGUCGAAAAGAUCCAGGUGCGACUGGAGAGAGUCUCGACCCAACUGAACCAACUCUUCGAUGAGCUGGUCCAAGCUCGAAAGAAGCUCUUGGAUGCUACCCAGCGCCCAGGCAUGAUCCAUCGCGCCCACACCUUUUGAACAGGUCCACCACCAUCUCGACAAUCGCGUCCGAUGCUUCAAUUCCUGACACCAACUCACACCAAGCGACUGCUUUCCUUUAAACACUGCAAGUCUGGCUCCUCUAGAUCUUAGAUUUAAGUUCCACUACUUUCCCGAGAUUAGACUUGAAGUGUAAUCUUCUAGUAUGCAUGAGAGGUUUCUCCUUGAAUUUUCGGUCCAUGGCUAUUCGGUGAACUGAUUCAUCUAGUAGUGUUGCUUGUUCGCCGAGCGUCCGCUCGCAUUGAUCGAUCCGUAGCUUCUGGUUCGAUAGCCGUCUGGACUGGCUGCUAGGGAGAAUCGGUCCCCACGCUCUUAUCUAUGAAUGGAAAGUCAUCGUUUCCUGCGGACAUCAUGAACACUUCCAAAAUCUCAAGCAAAUUCCAUAAUGGAAAUAUAAUUUCA